UUACAAACGUAACAAACAUCGGCAGCGAAUGAUAUUGAAUACCGAGAGCUCUUCAUCAUUGGAGGGAUGCAUGUGUUCUGGAAAAGGUAUACCCAACAUAUCGAACAAAGUGAACGAGUGGACAUUGGCAGCACUUCUUUGAAGAUAUAUACAGAUUUUAACAUAUACAUUUUGUGUAAUAACGAAAUCCAUCCUCUUAUUUGUCAAAAUGGGGAAUUCGUCUCACAAGGGUCUGUCGAAAGAGGUAAUUCGACAACUGAAGAAAGAAUCAGACUUUUCUGAAAAAGAAAUAAAAGAAUGGUAUGAGGAAUAUCAUCAAAGUAAAAAGGGCAGCUAUCUCACCGUUAAAGAGUUCAAAGAUGUCUACUCUAAGAUGUAUGGCGCAGACGCAGGACAGUUUGCUGAGCACGUCUUCAGAACGUUUGACACAAAUAGGGACGGCAAAGUAGACUUUAGAGAGUUUUUGAUUGGACUUAGUGUGACGUCAACAGAUAAUAUCGACCAGAAGUUGAGGUGGGCCUUCACCAUGUAUGACGUGGAUGGAGACGGGACAAUAUCAAGGAAAGAAAUGUUAGAUAUGAUGGCGUCUAUUUACCGAAUGACACCGUCGAUUGUAAAACCGCCAGAUGUCGCUACGCCGGAAAUGAUGGCAACCAAGUUAUUCGGAAACAUAGACAAAAACGGCGACGGCUCAAUAACAUGGCAGGAGUUCCAAAUGGGUGCAAAGGCAGAUCCCCUUGCCCUCAACAUGUUGCAAUUGAAUCCCGAUCCACAGUGAACUUCAGAUUAUCAUAUGUCAUGACUUCUCUAUGUUUCGUAUUUAUAAAUAAGAUUACAAAUUAUCAUAUGUCAUGACUUCUCUAUGUUAAGUAUUUAUAAAUAAGAUUACAGAUCAUCAUAUCUCAAGACUUCUCUAUUUUUCGUAUUUAUAUAUAAGAUUACAGAUUAUCAUAUGUCAUGACUUCUCCAUGUUUUGUAUCUAUAUAUAAGAUUACAGAUUAUCAUAUGUCAUGACUUCUCUAUGUUUCGUAUUUAUAUAUAAGAUUACAGAUUAUCAUUUGUCAUGACUUCUCCAUGUUAAGUAUUUCUUAAAUAAGAUGAUGAAUUAAACAUGUGACUUUCGUAUAGGUCAAGGUCAUUUGCUUUAAGCAAUGGGUAACAGCAGUAAAACUGUUUGACAGUAAAUAUAGAAUUUUUAACAAUGUGUAGAAAACAUAUACAGAGGAGCAUUGUUAAAAUGGAAAGUGGGUUUCUGAACUAAAAUAAGAAUAACAAUUUUUCCAGAAAUAAAAAUUGUAUACAUGUAUAUAUAUUUUUUACUUUAAAGUAACUUAAAUAUACACCCAAAAUUCCUCAACGGGGAAAAUCUGUACUCAAAUACCUCAACAAAUAAAGCAUGACCUUAAGUACCAUAGCAAGCAAACUUUUAACUGAAAUAUUACAGCAAACGAAAUCCGAUCUCAAAUACAACAGCAAUCAAAUUUUUAACUCAAAUAUCACACAGAAAAUUUAAACUCAAUGUUGGUACGAUAAAACAACAGCAAACAAGGCCAAAUCAAACAAAAGUAAAGCUAUCAUAAACACCCACAAGCAAAUAUGCUGAAAGAGUACCCGUCAUGAUUUCUUUCUUAAAAAUAAGACAAGUGUCGUAAAUAUAUUAGUUAUUUAUGAAAAAGGUUUGCAGAAAGUGAGUACAAAUAUAUUCCUCUAUUUCAAACAUAUUUUCCUCUUCGAUGAAAAUCAUUUUUGUAUGCAUAUGUUUUUGAAUUUGUGAUAAAUAUGUAAAUAAUGUGCUGCACAAUCACUUCUUUUAUUGACGGUGAAAACAUGCAAUCAUUUAAUCAGUAUUUGAAUUGUGAAAUUGUUUUAUUUGAAAUUUAUGUAAAAGUGCUUUAUGUACAAUAAAAAUAAA